GUGGACAUGACAGGAAAUAUAAUGAGGAAUUCCCAUCUACAGUCACAUGAUUUCUAACGACAAUUACAUUCCACAUGACAGUGAUUUGAUGAAGUGGACUACCAAAUAACUUUUGGAAACAGAAUAUUUAAGAGAAAAUUUUCGAAUUGGCAAGAAAGAGGUUGCUUGGUUGCAGAUGUUCUCCAUAAUUCAGUGAGCCAGAAUGAUUACACAGUGAAGUGAAACUAAUCAUGGUCAGCCGUUGUUUUUCCCUUGUAAACACAUCGGGAAAUUCAAUGCAUGUACCAUCAAAUAGACUGAGAAACUGGCUCCAAGUCCCAUGCAGCAGCUGAUAUCAGCAGACAUAUACAACGGCUCACAGUUAAAGGUCGCUGCCUGGACACUAGAGCGUUUGUCUCGGUCAUCGCUUAAGGAUGUGUUUGGAUUUGAAAUCAUCCCCACCAGCCAAAGCAAUAAAAGACACUAGGGGGAGCACUUAACCCAGUCUGUGCACACUGGGAGUUGGAUCAUCUGGGCGAUCAUUGGAAAUUAUUUGUUUAACUCCCAGCGUUCAUCCCAGAUUACCAAGAACAGAGGAGAAAGGCGACCUUCUUAGUGUCCGAUUGUCUUUGGCCACAACUGGGGCAUGCACAUCGCGACGUCACAUCGCAAUGACCGGAGUUGAAACGCAGUAAUAUUAAGUUCUGUGAUGGAUUCUAAACUUGGAGAUGAGCACUACAUGGGUGAAGGCCUGCCCCAGGAUGAGGUCCACUACAGUGAGGAGAACCCAAUGCAGGUGGUGUAUGCCAAAAGGGAUGAUUUCACUAGAAAGAGAUUUCCGGCGACCAGGCCCGGCACCAGCAGCACGGGCCGAGCGAAGCGGGUGGUGUCGUGUAAAAGGAAGACCCACCACCUGGUCGUGGUGCGCAGGAAACCGGCCACGGCUGGGAGGCCUUGCGGCACGGGCAACAAGGAGAACGAACGGGCGCGCACGGAGGAGGCGCGCACGGAGGACCCGCGCACAUGCAUGGACGACGACGACACGGACCAGGAGAUGUUCCACGUGGAUCCCUGGGAGUUCCCUUUAAAUGUCAACAAGCAUCAGGGUGGAGGAACAGGUUCUAAGCACACAGACUGCUUCACCCUUGGCGAGCUCACUAGAGAUCAUAACUCCAUGGUCAAUGUGCUCUUUGGGAGAAACCUGCGAUUGAAAGUGGCGUUGACUCUGUGGCAGAGAAAUGUUGGAGAGCUGUUGACAUACUUCCUAAGGAUGGAAGACACUGGUGUGAUUGUCGACUUUCUUCCCAUCAUAACCCAAAGCAUUCACGAGGACUCUUCCGGCUUCACUAUCGGCUGUUGUGUGGACCUUUUCCCCUUCGUCAAGAAAGUCCUUUCUAGUCCAUAUGAAGAGUACGUCGCUGUCGGCUUAAAAUGGAUUCAGUCCGUUUUGAAAAAAUGGUUUGAACAACUCCUAGCAAGUGGCCUUACUGGAAGGACUAACAAUCAUUUGGAUAAAAAUUUCCAAGUGUUCAACCAGCAACUUGUGAACUUGUGGCAUCACGACCCGGGCUCGAGCUUAGUCCUGAAGAUGCCCCCUACCUUGGCAAAGGUCAUAGAUUCAUAUCUCUCCCAACUCACCUGAUGUUGUCAGCCUCAUUAAAAGCUCCAGAUGGUCUUCCCCAUCAUGUUCAGCGUGUUGUGUUGUUGUCACGGUAGAAGGAUGUGGUUUUAUUUAUGUCAUGUUAAAUGUAAUUAUUGUAUUGAAGAGCAGAGCAUGUAGCAUUGAUUAUUUACCAUUUCUCAAGUUCUGUAAAAAAAAAAAAAGGUCAAAGCAUAAAAAAUAAGUUUGGUCUGUAACCAAACGUCAUGUGGUAUAAUGUAACUGAAUAAAGAAAUGUAUUUUUA